AUGCUGUUCCAAUACGCGCACCUUGCGCAAGACUCCAUCCGUCUGGUGCAGAUUCAUCCGAGCAGCAACCCCGCCGACAUUCGUUUGACGCUUUCGCAUCUAAGCAAGUAUUUCAAUAGUCCAGCGAAAUAUACCGCGAUUUGGUAUCCACAGACAGCUUCCUCGGCAGAGAGAAAGACCGUCACACUCAACGGACGAACAAGAAGCGUUCCGUUGGAGGUCUGCGAUGUUCUGAGCGCGAUUCGCGAGCACCAUGACCGAAAUGACAAGUAUUGGAUUGACGCUGUAUGCAUCAACCAGCAGGACGAGAUCGAAAAGAGAGCCCAUAUUCAGCAGAUGAAAAAGAUUUUCUCGUCCGCGAAUAAGAUAGUCUUGUGGCUUGGAGCGAUUGACGAGGCUGUCGAAAAGGCGUUCCCAGCAGUGGAAGCAUGCGCUGUUCCAACUACAGAACAUAUCAACGCUGCACGAUCAAUUGCGAACUGGAGCGCUUUUGUCGAAGUGCUGCGCAGGCCAGAGUUGCAACAAGAGGCUGCUGUGAUGAUGAGUGGGAGGUUUACAUGUCGACUGGAGGCUUUCAAAGAUCUCGUGAAAAGGACUUCCACGUCAACCCCUGUCUCUGGACGGCAGAGUGCUGGCAGCCUUUGA